UAUAAAACAAAUAAAUAAAUAAAUAAAUCUCUUAAGUGCGUAUAAGUGGUUAGGAAAUCUAAAAGAAGCAUGGCAGAAAAAAUUGAUUACGGAAUUUGUGGAGCCUUUCAGAAAGGACGGAACAAUGACUCCCUUCGGUCCGACGGGGAGGAAAGUAGAACCAUACAAAUUCAACCCGGUAAUCAUCAUCACAAUUUGGGAUGCGUGGAGUCUUCUCUGGGCUUACGUACAUCGGCCUUCGAGACGAGUUGCGAAAAAGAUGACGUCAGAGGAACAAAUAAAUUAUAUGAUAAGAAGCCUGGAAUUGUUGGCGAAAAGCCUAAUGAUAAUACAGCCGGUUCAAAUUCUGCGCCCAUCAACAGUCAACGUGACAUUUUCCCCGCACCAAAUAUUAUCAAACCGGAAAGGAACAGUGAUACGAUGCAUGUUUGGUGCAUCGAUCCGUUGUAUACCACCAGUGAACGAUCAGGCAGCGAAGUCAAGGGUAGAGAACAUGGCGGCGUUAAAGUGUGCGUCGAAUGCUUCGGAUGCCAUAACCAGCGAAAAAAGGAGGAAUUGCAGACACAAUUUGGGGAAUUGUGCGGAAUCGGUGCCUUUCGAGGCGAUGCGUGGGAAUUUCCAACACUUGAGAAAACGUGUCGAACCUGUCGUUUUGUACACGCAUACUCUCGCCUUGCCCAGGAAGAAGGAUCAGUCAGAAUUGAUAGCCAAAGCGCCAUGUUGCAAGUGCACGUAUAUAAUAGAAAAGAUGCUUCACAACGAAGCUGCAACGAUACUCCCAUAUCAACCUUAGUUGAAAAAUUCAAGGACAAAUCUCGCAUUGCGGACUUUAUUAGUUUUAAGGUUCUUGAUACUGAUCCAAAGGAAUUAAUGUAUUAUAUAUCUUGUGUUGCCGAAUACGGCUUUGAUCAUAUAAUCAUUGUUGGAGAGACAGAUUAUGGAAUGAUUUUUUUAGAUUGUUAUGGCCGGGUUUUUCAGUUAGAUGAUGAGAGUCAAUUUCUAUGGCCACUUGGGGAUUCUCCCGAGGAAGCGCAAAAAUAUUCAACUGAUGGGGAUGAGUUAGCAUGGUUCGUAGAGAAUGGAGUUGUACGCGAGUAUGUUAGGAAACCUCAAU